AUGAAUAUGUUGGAUGAUGAAGAUGACCAAAGCUUUCACGCUACGCGUGACGGCUACUCCCAUUUGAGCGAUGUCGAAUGGGAUGCGGUUGAACGAAUGGGUUCGACCAUGGGCAUCCAUGCUGUUAGCGUCAUGCUAGAGGCUCUCAAUAGAGAUGCCCAACAUGCUACUAUCGCCAAGUUCAUUCAAAUGAACUUGACGCAGAACGCGAGAAAGUAG